AUGCAGCCGCAAACCCACGAGGUAUCAAGCAAUCCAGGGGAAAGUAAAGGAAACCCCAAAGUUUCUUUUGGUCUUUCAAAGGAAGCGCAAGCUGUCGUGGAGCAUAUAGUUCAAGGCAAAUGCAAGGACAGCAUCAUUCAAUUUACGGUCGACAACGAAACCAGUUUGAUAUCUCCGAAGACUUCCCUUCCAUUUGACGGGUGCAGUCGAGCAGACAGAGUAGAACGCGUGCUGUCUUUGGCUAAGAAAGAGGGGGCUUCCCUUUUUAUCUUCCGAAUGGACCUGAGGUCGAAUACACCGGAAUGGGCAAUGCUGGCCUGGGCUCCUGAAGGGAGUGUCCCGUACGCGCAACGGAUGUUUUACUUUACUGCGCUGUCUUGGUUCUCACGAACACUUGUUAAUGCCAGGCCAGUACACGAGUUCUACGUGAAGUGUGAGCAUGAGAUGCCCUCGUUUCACUGGAGCUGA